AAAGAAAAACAGUUUCGCAAUGCCCCCACUCCAUUUCUUCCAUCUCACGCAAUCACUCUCAUAAUGCCAUGCAUCAUCAUCGAUCUUCCCCAAAUCACUAAUGCAUUUUGAUUUUCACUCCCAUGCAUAAUUUUCCCAGCUCGUUUGAUGAUGAUCAUCACGUCGUCUGUUACUUAAAUUUCUCCGUCUGAUUCUUCAAUUUGGUUGCCUAGCACGCACAUCGAGAUACAAAAUGGGGAUCACUUCAAAGGAUGUUCGGACGUAUUUAUGGGUUUUCCUUGAAUUCUCGAUGAGAUUAUGCUGCACUUUCGCAAGGGAACAUCCUUUGGCCUCGCUAUUUUUCGUAAUCUUCCUUGUUUUGUAUGUGUUCUUGACGACAAUCUUCUGGUUCUUGAUUUAUUCCCUUCCUUUUGUCCUCAUCGCCGCCGUUAUCAUCAAAGUAACAUACUUUCCCGAGGUCGGAGCUGCGAACAGGGAAAAUGCGGAUCCGAAACCCUCCGGAAAAAUCAAGCUCUCUGAGGAUGAAGAGAGGAGAAAGAAAGCGAUCGGGCGCGCUCAAUCCGUCCGGCGAAGGAAAUCGAAGAAGGAUUUCCCGCCGUACGUUGAGGAAGACGGCGGGUCGAUUUUUCCGCCGGCGGGUUUUAGUGAGCACGAAGUGGUUGAUAAAAGUCCUCUGACAGAAGAGAACAUGAAGGAUAUUAGGGAAGUGGAGGUGGACCCCGCGGAAUGUUCUUCGUCUGAUGCGUCUCAGAGC